AUGGAUAUUUUGACAUCCAUUGGUGGUGUAUUUCGUAGGAUUGUAACUCGGUUCAGAGAGGACAGUUUUGACAGUCUCCUCGGCAUUGUGGAUACUGUACCAAGCUUAGCUGGUUUCUCAUUGCGCAAAGAUAAAAUUUUUGUUCCUUUCUUUAUAUUCCACCUUAGUCUGUUGACCUACAUUUACGGUGUCGGCAGCUUUGAAUACCAGGCGAAGACUGCCAAAUCGGCUGGAGAUUUCAUCAAGAGUUUCGUUAACGUGGCUUUGCUUGUUUUGAUCGCGAACAAUAGUCACUUUUUUAUGAUGAAGAGGUCUUUGUUACGGUCGACUUUGACAGAGAUGCAAAACAGCGAUAAGCUUGCUCGUUGUAAUCCAGCAUCUUGUUUGAAGCACAAGAAGUUAUGCAACAGAAUAAAGUAUAUAAUUCUGAUCUUCUAUUUUGUUAACCUCACUAACGCAAGUUGCGUAUAUCUUCCGUCUCGGUCCAACGUUGAUGUGAAUAUUUAUGGUGUGACGCCUUGUUAUGGCAUGGGAUCUUUGACGUCACCGAAACGAGAGAUCUGUAAGGCAAUGCUGUUCGGUCAAGAGGUCACUGUUAUGAUUGUAGUACUUAACUUUCAAGCUCUCCUCAUAUUCGUGAUUGGUCACACAUCUCUCUUAUAUCAGAUCCUCUCAGACGAAAUCAUGGCAUUGAAUGAUUAUGACAAAUCGAUGUUCUUCAACAAUCCCGUAGUGAAAGAUAUACUACCAGUUUUAAUAAGAAGACACGCUAUGAUCCUCAGUAUCAUAAAUAAAUGUAAGGUAUUGUACAGCGUGCCGAUCGGUGUCAACUUUGGAUCAAAUGCCGUGUGUAUGUCGUUGUUUUUCUAUUUACCUUUGCGAGAGUGGAUAGACUUUUUUCCUAUUCUCAUGUACUGCUUUAUCGUGUUUUUCCUUUACUGUUUCCUGUGUCAGAGGUUGACUAACGCCGCGCAGCUGUUCGAGACGUCCGUGUACGCUUGCGGAUGGGAGAACUUCGAAACUAAUGAGAAGAAAGCCGUUUACUUUAUGCUGAGACAGGCACAGAAGCCAGUGGAGUUGUUGGCAGCGGAUAUAAUACCGGUCAAUAUAUCCACUUUCGCGACUACUCUGCAAGCUAUGUUCAAAUUUGUGACUGUUGUCAAAGUUUAGAAAUGAUUGUUUGUAUUGCGUUAGGUAUUAUUCUCG